AUGUGGCAUCUGCUGAUCGCCCAGCUGGUGCUGUGCUGGUUUGGUUCUGCUCAAGCCUUCUGCCCUUCUCAAUGCUCCUGUACGUUUCAGACCCACAUCGAUGGAUCCACAACCAGAACUGUGCUAUGUAAUGACCCAGACAUGUCGGACGUCCCUGUCAACGUCCCGGUGGACACAGUGAAGCUGCGUGUGGAGAAGACGAUGGUGCGUCAUGUCCCUCCCGAGGCCUUCUACUACCUCACAGAGCUGCGAUACCUGUGGAUGGCCUACAACGCUGUCACCGCUGUGGAUGCCCGGAGCUUCUACAACCUGAAGGCACUGCACGAGCUCCGUCUGGAUGGGAACUUAAUCGCCACUUUCCCUUGGGAGUCCCUCAAAGAGACACCCAGCCUCAGGACACUCGACCUGCACAAUAACCGCCUGACGAGCAUCCCUGCAAAAGCUGUGGCUUACCUACACAGCGUCACCUACCUGGACAUCUCCAGCAACAGGCUGACCACCCUGCCCACUGACCUGGUGGACAUCUGGCCCCCCUUCUCAAGCAUGCUGCCCAACACCUCUCACAAAUUUAUACUAGGUCUCCAGGACAAUCUGUGGUACUGUGACUGUCAGAUCUCCAAGCUUAUAGAGCUGUCCCAGACGGUGGACGCUGCCGUGGUCCUCAUGGACCCGUAUCUGCUCUGCAGCGGCCCUGCAAACCUGGCUGGCAUCCUGUUCCAGAGAGCAGAGCUGGACCAGUGUGUUAAACCCUCAGUGAUGACCUCAGCCACCAAGAUCACAUCUUCCAUUGGGAGCAAUGUCCUUUUGCGCUGUGAUGCCACCGGUUACCCAACCCCGAGCCUCCUGUGGAGCAGGGCGGAUGGAUCACCUGUCAAUACCACAGUGGUGCAGGAAUCUCCAGGUGCAGGUGUUCAGUGGUCCAUCCUCAGCCUGCAUGGAGUCCAGGCGAGUGAUGCAGGUGUUUACUGCUGCAAGGCCAGGAACGUUGCCGGACAUGCAGAGGCCUUCAUCACCCUGUCUGUGGCUGGGAUGGAGACAACACCACCACCUCCACCAAUUACCACAUCCGAGAAGCCUGACGAGGGUCUGGAAGUGGUUACCGAACCUCCACCUCCUGUAACAGGGACCGUACUCCCAUCAUCGGCUUUUCCUGGUGUGUCCGCUUCCAUGCCCCCUGUGCCGUUGCCAUCACCCGCACCUGGCAGGAUGAAGCCCGGCCUGGGUGGAGGUGUACAGAGGUCCCCACCUUCCCCACCUGCUGGAGACACACCUGCCAAGAUUCAGCAAGGCAAGGGUCCCGCCAGCAGUGACGAAGCAAGUACGACAUCAGAUGGUACCUUCGUAGAGCGUAUCAAAGUGGUCGAAGAGACAGGUGACACAGCGGCUGUGCUUUGGACAUCCGAGGGGUUGCCCAGUGACGGACUUUUGUCUGUUGUGUACUUCCCGUACGACGCUCAGGCGAUCAAACAGACGGUAGAGACGGAUAUAGGCCAGGGUAAACUUCUUCUUGAGAAUCUUCUGCCCAACCAGGUCUACACUGUCUGCUUGGCUGCCAAGGGUGUGGAGUAUAGCAAAGACCAGUGUGUGAAUUUUAGCACUCUGGAGGCUACAGGGGGCCAUGGGCAGGACAUGUGGCUGAUAAUAAUUAGCGGGGCUGCUUGCGCUGUGGUUCUUCCUCUCAUCAUGCUGCUCCUCUACAAGAUCGCGUCGCUCUACUGCGAGGAAAGCAGCAGCGUCAGCAGGAACACUGGGGAACACGAAGACCUCUCUAGAGAGACAUACGUGAAGUUCGAGACUCUCGCCAUGAAGCCGAGGGCGAUGAACGGACAGGUGAAUGAUAUCUGGGCUCGGAGGCAGACGCAAGAAUCGGAAAGGAUGCUCCUAUACUCGCGGUCAAGCAUAGACUCUCAAAUGACCUACAAGAGUGACAGCUCACGGUCUGAAUACCUCUGCUAA